UUUCUUUGGCAAUUGUCUGGCUGUCAAGUGUGUGGUGAGAGUGACAGCCAGCGCAAAGAGAGAGCAAGUGGAAACAAGAGCGGAGGUGUGUGUGUUGUGCUACUCUGCGUUUGAUCUAGAAAAUAAUAGAGGUGAAGUGUGUUUUCGUUUUCAUCUAGUGCACAAUUACGGAUCGGAUUUCGCUUUGCGGUUGGGGUUUCGCGAGUGAAUCGCUAGUGUUUCGAGCGAUUGUGAUACUUUGACAUUUCGCCUUGCCAAAUUCGGUGGUGGUUCGAAAGUUGUGAAGCAAUAGCGGGUUUUUGGGUAAAAGUUUCACCAAACAUCGUCGUCGUCGUCGGUGGAGAGCAGAUUCGGCAGGGUUUAUUGAUUUUUGUGUCAUUCUCUUUGGUGGAAACCUGUUUCUCCGGUGGAACAUCGCGUCUUCACUACUGCAUCGGAAUGUUACCGCCAGCGAGGGUUGCUGAAUAAAAGUGGAUCCCCGCAGCAGCAGUCAGAGGAAUCGCCAGAUAUGCUUACAAUUCUGAACCAUCUAAAUAGACAAAGGUCGACUUUGGGGAUGCUCCAAUAGGUAGCUGGAAUUCCUUCCCAUCUCUCUGUCCCGCUUUCUGGUUCGUCAACGGUAGUCAAAACAAAAGCCAGGCACACACACACAGCGCGUUUCGGUAGAAAGAAUCAUGAUCUUCGCGAGCAACGCCCGAUCGCCGCAUCUUCCCGGGACAUUGUCACAGGCAACGGAACGCGGAAAGCGACCACACUGAAAGAAGAACGCAAAAAAUUGACACCUGUUGCAGCUCUCUCACACGCACACACACCGAACGCGUAGCGCCAACCCGACUCAACUUCGGCACAGCUGUCAGUGACGACGAAGCGACUUAACGCACAACAACGAGGAGGAAAGGCGAAAAGAAGACACAACAGAAGAAAAAAACAACAACCGAAACUGGGGGAAGGCCAAGCGCUGAAGACGACGUCGACGACGCCGAAAAGGAAAGGUGGAACAAUUACCCCCGGGGCAUUAAUCUGCUCUCGCAGCAGCAGCUCGUCAGUAUCGAUUCGGAGUCCGCGCGAACCGGAGCCCACACGAAACAAGAUCGCGCGCGCGCGCGAGCAAAACAAAAGAAACGCUGAAGAAGAUACCGCGCACAUAACCUCGUUUCGCGAGACGAGCACCCUCUCGGGUGCAGAUUAUGUAAAUGAUCAUCGGUUGCUUGAUUCGAGCCCAUUGUGCGCCAGGUCUCGUCUCAACAGCAGCUCGCUGGUUCUGAACGUCGACGGCGACGAGCGUGAAAGUGUUGGAGAAGCCGGUUCGGGAGAGCGAGCGAGCGAGAAUCGCUCGGAGAGCGAGAACAAUCUCCCGCAGAUACCGCGUUGAGCUUAAUCUUAUCACAAAAAUUGCGCCGAACUAGUGCGCGCCGAGAACCGUCCGAUUUCGCAAGUGUGCCCGCGUUGAUCUGCCCGAGUCUUGUCGGAAAAUUAAAGUUUUGUUAGUUUGUUGGCCACGUGACGGGAGAGACGGUGUCGUGGCUGAAGAGUGUCUCGGAUGACAGCUCAGCACGAAUCGUGGCGUGGCGUUGUUUUGGUUUGCCUGAGCAGUGAAGGAUCCAAAACAAGUGCUGAGUGAAAUGUGCUGAGUUCGGUGGAACCAAAGUGCAUAAACAGCAUAAGUGAAGCGCGCGGUCAGUGAUAGUGAGUGAGUGUGCGCGAAAAACUUUCCAGAUUAGAAGAUGUUUUCGAGGCGAAGAGGGCAGUGAUCUGCGAAGGGAAGUGAUAAGGGUUUGGCGAAGGUUAGCGUGAUCGUGAUCGCGUUCAGGGAUCAUUCGGUGAUCGGUGUUUGCGGCGACAGGAUGUACUGGAUACGGUCGAAGAAGUUGAAGGAGCGGCUGGCGCUAGGCUUCGGUGCCUCGCUGGUGCUCUUCACGCUGCUGCUAGUGAUCGACCUGCAGAUGGACCUGGGAGUGUCCCGGGGGGAAUUUAUUCCGUCGCACGGGCGGGUGCGGUUCGCGAGUGAAGACGACAAGAGUGGGAUCUACAACGAGUUCCACCGGAAAUAUCUUGCCAAAAGUAAUGCGUCCGGGUCGAAGGAGUACCUGACGACGAAUCCACACACGCGCGGUCGGACUGACACUUCGGGGGCGGGCUACCCGAGCAAACAGGUGACCACGGCGCCACCGCACGAUCGGUUCAAGGACUUGACGGCGCUGGUUGUGGCACCGAAGAACCGGCGAAAUCCGCAAUUUUACGAACGGAUUGUUGUGAAGGAAGAUCAAAGUGACGACGAGAAUCCGACGCUGGCGGAGAUGCUUGACCUUCGAGUGAGUCCAAAUGCGACCAAUUUGGAGCGAUUCCAACUGUCCAUUACCAAGAACGAGUUGUACGCCAAGAGCGACAAGCUCGUCGAUGCCGUGAUACAGGACAUGGUGAGCAUGCCGAUCAAGCACGUCGUGCAGAAGGAGGGUGGCACCCAGAUCAAGCUGAUCAUUGAAUAUCCAAACGAUAUUCAUGCACUGUUCAAGCCGAUGCGCUUCCCCCGAGAGCAGCAAACGCUGCCGAACCAUUUCUACUUUACCGACUACGAACGACACAACGCCGAGAUCGCGGCCUUCCACCUCGACCGGAUCAUGGGCUUCCGGCGGGCAAUGCCCGUCACCGGCCGAAUCCUCAACAUUACCACCGAGAUCGAGCGGGUGUGUGACGACAACCUGCUGAAGACGUUCUUCAUCUCGCCAGCACGCAACAAGUGCUUCCACGGCAAGUGUUCCUACUAUUGUGAUACGUCGCACGCGAUCUGCGGCAGCCCGGACACGCUGGAGGGAUCCUUCGCGGCGUUCCUCCCAACCCAGGCGGACACCCAGCGCAAGGUGUGGCGUCACCCGUGGCGACGAUCGUACCACAAGCGCAGGAAGGCCCAGUGGGAAACCGAUCCGGACUACUGCGCCAUGGUGCGGGACAUUCCCCCGUACGACGAGGACAGGCGCCUCCUAGACCUGAUGGACAUGUCCGUGUUCGACUUUCUCACCGGCAACAUGGACCGUCACCACUACGAAACGUUCAAGAUCUUCGGCAACGACACGUUCCCGAUUCAUCUGGACCACGGUCGAGGCUUCGGGCGACCCUUCCACGAUGAACUCUCCAUCCUGGCACCCCUCCUGCAGUGCUGCCUCAUCCGAUCGACCACCCUAGAGACCCUGCUACUCUUCCACAACGGGCCCAAAUCCCUGUCGGAGCAACUGCGCGACUCGAUGGCCAACGACCCGAUCGUACCGGUCCUGUGGGAACCCCACAUGGUCGCCCUCGACCGCCGGGUCGCCAUCAUCCUGCAAGCUAUCCGGGACUGCGUCAAGAAGGCCUCCGAGGAGGAAGACUUUGACGCCGCCGGCCAGAACCACCUCGAUCAGAGCUUCUCCUAGCAGAUCAACCGUAACGGUGGCCAAUACCGGCCAAGAUUGUACAUAGUCUAAUCACGUGUGUGUGUGUGUGCGAGCGCGUCGUCAAUCGAGAGCAAAACUGAGAGUGAAAGAGUGAAGUGAAACGGGAGGAUUGCCGACUUCCGUUAGUGAUCAUCGUGCGGCGGGACUGUUUGUUAGCUCAUUACAAGGUUAUUAUCAUAAAAUGAUAGCGGCGGGAGCGCGCGUGUGUGAGAAGAGUGCGAGAGAGAGAGAAAGAGGAUCGCGCCCCAAAUAUCGCGGUUGUAAAGUUCUAACGUUUAUUAGAGAUAGACACGUCUACAUACAUACAUACAUAUAUAUAUGGGUAACUGUGUAUAGCAAUUAGAGAAAUUCACUGUGUGCGGAUGAUCCGGAUGAUCCGUUGCAAUGAGAGGCCAAAGUUAAAUAUGAGAGCAAAUCUAUUAUCCACCAACCCUGGAAGAGAGAACCUAUUAUUGACCCUGUCAGAUAUUUACGUUUUAAACGAUUCUAGAUGAUAUUAGAUGUUCUUGUUUUUCUGUUAAGUUUUAUCGUACCUUUCUCCCCCUUCUUCCCUUUAACAAAACAAAAAAAAAAUAUUGCUUCGACAACACGAAACGAAAACAAUGCUCUUGAGCGGUGGUUGUCCCGAGCAGGUGGAGAUAACAAAACUGCGGUCAUGAUUUGAAAGGAAAAUAAGCAAAUAAUAACACAAAACAUUGUCACAUAAGAUUUCUUUCCAUCGAUGAUUUUGUACAAUCAAAACAUAAAAUUAAACGGAACAUUAAAAUAAUUGGAUCCUCAAAUAUAAUUUUUUUUAUAUUAUUUUUCACAACGAGCACAACGAUAUUAUUUUUUACAACACACAAAUUAUCCUUAUAUCGUUUUUCACAACGAUAAAGCUAAAUUUUCUAAGUACUAUGACCAGCCAUGCCAAAUAUAUAGAUAAAUCUGUAUUUGACAGAUUUUUCGAUUACGAAAAUUCCAAAAAUUUGUAUAUACAGAUUUUUUAAUAAUGGUUGUAUUUCAAAAUUUCAACAAUUCAAUCUGCUUUUAAAAAUUUGAAAAUUUCUUCUAUGGCUUCGAUUUUGACACGAUACAGAUAAAAUACAGAUUUAUUUUUAAGAAAAUACAGAUCUCCCAUAAAACAAUCUGGCUACGUUGACUAUGACCCUUUGUACGGAUUUUCAAAUUAAUUUUGAAUUAUUAUAUUCACGGCCCUUUUUGACAGAAAAGGACCUACCUGACAGCUCUUUCCAAAAGGACACAGUUGAUCCAUCGUAAAAAGUUUUAGUUUUGCAUAAAAAAAGUGUUCAGAAAUGGUUUAUAUGCGUGUUUUUGACUGUUGUACAUAAAAAUUGACAUAGGGCUUUAGGACCCUAUUAGUGAUAAGUGCGGAAAAAAACAAGUUUUGCAACGAUUUGAAUAAAAAAAGUUUUGCAAAUCCGGAAAAGCCUUUGAAUUUACAACAGUCAAACUCCAAAACAGUAAAAUGUUGUUCUACUGUUUUUUUUGGCAAAAUAACAAACUCCAUUUUUUGUGUUUGAAAGUUUUAAUGUAUUCUUAGUUUGAAGUUUUGUUUUGCUCGUGACAGCCAUUUCCAGAUUUGUCAACCCCAACAGAAUUUUCAAAAAUUAUUAUAUUGAGAAAUGACAACAGUUCAGUUAUUUGAUAAUGCUUCAAUUUGAUUAAAAAGGCUUAAUUUUGCUAUUAAAAGUUAAAAAGUUUCAUCUUUGCUUCCGAAUUUGGCAUGAUACAGACCAAAUACAGACUUUUUUUUAGGAAAAUACAGACCUCCCAUAAAAAUCAAAAAUAAUCUGGAAUCGUUGGUUUGCGAGCGAACCGCCAACAAGUUUGUGAGUGUGGCAAUCUGUCAAAAACGGAUAGUGCGAAUUUGUUUGUUCGUUGCUGUAGUGUAAUAGUCAAAUUUAGUCAAUGUUGCCGUUUUACCAUAAAAGUUAACGCAAAAUUGAAUCCGUAAUUAAUAUUAAUUCUCUCAUCAGUUCACUUUGAUAAUUUUAGAAGUUGAUUUCGGUUUAGAUUUUGUGACAAGUUGUUCGCAAAAGCGAAUGUUUGCCUAAUUUUUAUCCAGAAUUAGAAAAUCUGUAAAAUUGUAAGUACCUAAAUAGUUAAAAAUCAAUUAUUUUUUCCAAAAUCAGUUAUUUAUCACGAGAAAAUUUCAGGGUGAUCACUCAUUAGAGAAAUCAAAAUUUGUCAAAUUAGGCGAUGAAUUAAACAGAAUUUUAAAUACGCAGUUAGUUGUCAAAAAGUCGUGAGGAUUAAAUGCAUUUUUGAAAAUAUAUUUCAGGCUUGAGAAUUUUGUUUGAGGGACCUAUUUAAAGAGUUCCUUUGCUGUUAGUUUAAAAAAAAAUGUUUAGCCAAUUUGAAAUUUUCAAUUGAACAUAUUAUGAUUAUAACUAGAUUGAAUCAUACUCAAUUAUCAUGAGUAACCCUUAAAACAAUUCCAUUCAAUUUUGAAAACUAUUACAAUUUGUGAUAUUUACUCAAAGAACAUUUUAAGGUUUUGAACGAGGUUUUGUGAAGGUUUGAUUCUCAUACAAAUAUUCUUACUGGGAUAAACCGUGUAGACCAUUAUAACUAGAAAUUUUAUCUAUCAUUCAUAUUUUUUAAGUAGAGUAUAAAUUGUGUUAUGCUCAUUUUUUGAAAAUCUGGCAAUGAUUCAAAUUUUAUCAGGAACUGCAUUCGUUGUGAAUAUUUUCAUUUUGAAGCAGUUUAUGAAAUUUUGCUUGCAAAUUAUAAAAAUCAAAGAGCAAGUAUAUGAUGUUCUGCAAGUGCUACAAACAGAUAAAAUUCAAAAAUGGGAUUUGUUUAAUUUUUAUCCAAUUUUUAAGGAAUUUAAUUGAUUCUAUAAUUGAAAGUGCUAAUAAUUGAGAUUUUGAAAUUACGAGGAAAAAUAUAAGAUUCAAAAAUUGGAUGGCUAUCUAGUUAACUCUAAAAUUUGAUAGUUCGUGUGCCCAGUACAUUAAAAAGCACCCAAUUUGUUGCUUUUUCUCUGUCACUGAUUUUUUUAUGACAAAUCCUGAUAUGUGCCUUUUUUAACGCAACUGUGUUUUCAUUUAUUGAUAGAAGUCAUGAUUUCCACAACUAUAGAUUUUACAGAUAUUUUAAAUCAUUUUCUGGCCUAUCUUUCCACCUGUUCGGGAACGCACACACUCCACUCUUGUCUUGAGUGAGUACGAGAUAAAUCAACGGGCAGCGAGAUAAAGCUAUCAAUCAUCCUUAUCCUGUCACGACCCAAAACAGCAGAAAAAUACCCCGCGCCACUGGAAGGAAGUCCAAAUUUUAUCCCCGAAAACGGGCAGACAGCGGCAAAUGAUAAAUAGUAUACAGUUCAUAAAUCUUACUGUGUAGUAGCCAGUAGAAUCAGCCAAAAACAACACUUAAAAUAUAACAAGAACAGCGCGCAGCGGUAAAUUAAUCAAAUCAGCGCCCCCCGGCAGGGGGGGCGACCUCAAAUUACAAAUUAAUAGUCAAGCGAAAGCAUCAAACAAAAAAACUGAUUAAAUUUGUUGUUCCUCUGUUGUUGAGCCCACUGAGUGCUAUGAAAUUUACUACACGACGCCACCUGCAGUGCAAAAAUCGGAAACUUUCCCCAAAUUUUUAUUUCGAGUAGAAAACCCCCCACAAAAAAAUCCGCCACCCCCCUCCCUGAUCGUUCCAAAUAAAUGUGACUGAUUGUGACAAAGUAAAAAUAAUUAAUCAUACAACGCGAUAAAACAAGUUAUUGCGAAUUCCGGAAAUCGGCUUUUGUGCUCGCGCGCGACAACAAAUUAAUAACAAUCGACGCAAACAGUGCGUGCUGAAAUAAAAUAAUUUAAUUACACAUGUACAACAAGCGGAGGAAGCGCCCGCUGAGAGAAACACACACACAAGUUGACAACAACAACAAAAAAGUAUAUCUGUGAGACAUGAAAUAAUAUUUUAAAUUUUAACCCCCCGUGAUUCGUUUGUCAAACCCCACCCGUCCACUCCAAGGCAUUCCUUCUGACGAGAAAAAAAAUUAAAUAUCGCCCCCGAAAAAUUUCCAAUUUCCAAACCCCCGGUUCGCGUUCUGCGUUUUUUUUCUUCUACGCGCACCCACGCGGUAAGGCUGUUUUAUAACCUGACACUAAUUUAUAAUUUAUUCGAUAGUUGAGUAUACACAAUUGUAGUAGCAGCAGCAAGAAGUGAGAGCUAGUUAAAAAAAAGUAAAGAAAGAGGCGAAGAAAAUUUAAGAGUAAAUUUGCAAAAUUAUUUGUGAAAUAAAAACGGAAAAAAACGAUGUGACGGAAUAAUAAAGUGACUACCAUUGUUGUUGUUCAGAAUAUAUUAAAA